AGUAAAGCCCUUUGACAUAUGAUUUUUAAAUAAUGUCAAAAUCUGACAAUCAGAUGCUGAAACUUGAAAGGGAGGCGUUAAUCCUAAUACAUUUUGAUAUUUCUCAUUUAAAAUAUAUAAAAUGAUUCGCUUCAUUUUAAUACAAAACCGUGCAGGUAAGACUCGGUUAGCUAAGUGGUACAUGAAUUUCGAUGAUGACGAGAAACAGAAGCUUAUUGAAGAAGUCCACGCUGUUGUGACUGUUCGUGAUGCAAAACAUACUAACUUUGUUGAGUUUCGUAAUUUCAAGAUUGUGUAUAGAAGAUAUGCCGGAUUGUAUUUCUGUAUAUGUGUGGAUGUGAAUGACAAUAAUCUCUGCUACUUAGAGGCUAUACACAACUUUGUUGAAGUUCUCAAUGAAUACUUCCAUAAUGUCUGCGAAUUGGAUCUUGUCUUUAAUUUUUAUAAGGUAUACACAGUUGUUGAUGAGAUGUUCCUGGCGGGCGAGAUAAGAGAGACAUCACAGACGAAAGUUCUGAAGCAACUCUUAAUGUUGAAUUCAUUAGAGUAAGCUAUAUUUAUACACUAGAGUCUCAUACAUAGAAUUAAACAUAUAUUUACUUUAUAUUUAUGAAAUUCAAUGAAAUCAUUGUAUAUAAACAAUUUAUUUAACAUACAGCGUUAUUAUGAUUGAAUUUAGAUGUUUCUAAUAGAAUCACAUGAUUUCUAAAUUAUUUUCGUACUAACUAAUUAAAAAGUUAUGUUAUGUAACCUUAGAUAUAAAUUCUUAAAUUUAACAUAUAACAUUUUUUGAUUAUCUAAAAUAAAUAUUAAGCUUGUCAUCAAUUGUAACUAAAAAAGGCUUUUAUAUCAAACUCAAACUCAAAUUCCUUUAUUCAAUAUAGAAAUAUUACACUUUCUUAUUGAUUGUCAAGUUAAACACUACCACCGGUUCGGAAAAAGAAAUAUAAAGCUUCAGGGGCACAAAUAUGAACAUUUUAAAUGAUUUUAUAUUAGUGUUUGCCCAAAUGUUGAUAUAUAACUUUUCAGAAUCAUUUUUCUUUCAUGACAACAUAUGAAUGAUAUGUAGCUUGUAUAUUGCCAUUUCCGAAAUCAUAAGUGUCUGUUUGUUUUAUUUGGUAAAUAUAGUAAAAUUAUUGGAAAUGUUGCAGAAUGGAUUUUCCUAAUAAACCAGUGUAAGGUUUAUAUUAUGAAUAGAAAAAUGUAUAAUUUAUAAAGUUCAUGUGCUUUAGUGAAUACUCAUUCCACUGUAAAGUAAGGUGUAUUAAAUGUUAUUACAAAUUA